AUGAUAUAAUUAACCAAGGAGCAUCUUCAUGAAUAGAAUAAGAAGCUUACAGAAGAGAAUCAAAGAUUGGAAUUAGCUGUCUAUAGUCUCCAGAGAUAAUUGUCAAAUCUUGCCUCCUUUAUUGACAGGGCAAAAUUGUUACAGGACUAAGUUGAUUAACUAAACCAAGAAUUGGGAAGUGUUAGAAGAGACAAUGCUCACUUACAAGAAGUUAUUGUAUCCUUAUAGGCUGAGUUGAAUUCAAUUAUUGCCAACACUUAAGUUGAAACAACUGAAAGGCAAGAUAUUGAAACCUUAAAAAUAUUUUAUGAGGAAUAACUCAAUAAUCUUACAAAGGAGAACUCGAGGUUAUAGAAAUUGAUAAAAGACUUCAAUACCAAACAAGUUUCCAAUCUUUAACUAUCUGCAACAAAAUUGGUUGAACUUGGAAUAAAAAUUGAUUAAAAACUAGAUGAUUAAUCCCACAGAAGAAUGCUAAGCAAUCCCAUCCAACAAAGUCCCAAAGGAAUCUCUAAAGAAAUUUAUCAGAAUUUAAUCCUGUAACUAUCCAACCAAAGUAUCGACGAAAAGUCAAUGCUUGCUUCUUAGUACUUUUUUAUUGAAAUUAUCCCUAAUAGGUCCAAAAUGAAACUUUCAGGUUCGAAUAUCUUAUCUCAACUCUCAAACAAGCAAUCUAAAAUGCCAACAUUUUCGGUUGUAUCACAAGACUAGCCUCUACCUUCCAUUCCCACCCAUAUUAAAAAAUGA